UUCAUGAUGGCGGUUUCUCAAGGGGGCGGGGUAUAGAGCCACAGCGGCUCCGCUGGUAGGACAGAAGUGAAAUGACGUUGUAGCGCGUCUGUUUGUUUUCACAAAGGGUGGCUGGUGUUACACUGCUGCCCCCUCUGCAUCUGCAGCCGCCCUGCUCCUCAUACUCCACCAUGAGCCUGUCUUUUCGCUCGGUUGUCGGGGCAGAGUCCUCCAGUGACAGCACCUCAACAGUGUCUCUGGACUCCAGUGUCUUCUACAGCGAGACGUCAGCGUCAGUGACUGGAGAUUCAACAAACUUCCUGACUGUGAACGUUGGUGGAAGUCGCUACAAACUGUCCCAGGAGCUGCUGUCGGCGUACCCCGAGACCCGGCUGGGGAAACUGGCCCGCGGUGACCAAGACCUGGCUCUGGACCUCUGUGAUGACGCUGACUUCUCAGAGAAUGAGUUCUUCUUCGACCGAAACUCACUGACCUUCCAGUAUGUGAUCAACUUCUACCGCACAGGUCACCUCCACGUCAGCGAGGAGCUGUGUGAGAUCUCCUUCCUGCAGGAGAUGGAGUACUGGGGCAUCGAUGAGCUGAGGAUCCACUCCUGCUGCCGUGAACGUUACUACCGCCGCAAGGACCAGAAGGAGACCUUGGACGUGCACCGGGAUUUUGAGGCCAACGACGUCAGCUGCGAAGAGGAUUUCACGGGCACCAGCUGUCCCGCUCUACGGCAGCGUCUGUGGAACCUUCUGGAAAAACCUGAUUCAUCACGAGCAGCUCGUACCUUCGGCUCCUUGUCGCUCUUCUUCGUGGUGCUGUCAGUCAUCAGCAUGGUGCUGGUCUCUCUGGACUCAGGCGAGGACUUUGGCUUUGCCGACAUUGGACCUGGUGUUCCGUUGUUGUUUGACGGUCUGGAGUACACGUGUGUGGUGUGGUUCACAUGUGAACUGGUGCUGAGGUUCCUCUGUGUGAGGGACAAGUGUCGCUUCAGUCGCAGAAUUCCCAACGUGAUCGACCUGCUGUCCAUCCUGCCCUUCUACGUCACCCUGGCGGUGGAGAGCGUCCAUGGAGGAACCACUGAGCUGGAGAACAUGGGCCGCGUGGUGCAGGUCCUCCGAAUCCUCAGGUCCCUGCGAAUGCUGAAGCUGGGACGACACUCCACAGGUCUGAAGUCUCUGGGCGUCACCAUCACUCAGUGCUACGAGGAAAUCGGCCUCCUGCUGCUCUUCCUGGGCGUCGGCAUCUCCAUCUUCGCCAUGGUGGUCUACGCUCUGGAGCAUGACAUCCCCUACACCACCUUCACCAGUGUCCCAGCUGCAUGGUGGUGGGCCACCACCUCCAUGACCACCGUGGGCUACGGGGACAUCCGUCCGGACACGGCAGCAGGGAAAGUGCUGGGCUUUCUGUGCAUCCUGUCUGGGAUCCUGGUCCUGGCCCUGCCCAUCGCCAUCAUCAACGACCGCUUCGCCACCUGCUACCUGAACAUGAAGGUGAAGGAGGCGGCCAUACGGCACGGGGAGGUGAUGAAACGGUUGGCUCGUGGAUCAACUGAAGAGACGGAAGAUGAAGAAGAAGGAGCAGGAAGUGGAAAAGGUUUGGGGGGAGGUGUGAACCUGAGGGACGCCUACGCCCGGAGCAUUCUGGAGAUGUUGAAGCUGCACGGGCGUGAGAGGGCGAGCACUCGCAGCAGUGGAGGAGGAGAACUGUGGUGGUAAAACCAGGAGAUCUGACCUGAAGGUG